GUCGCUCGUCGGUUUUGCGUACCGAAAGACGGCGCGCGGUGUUGUACGAUUUUCUCCGUGUUUCGUAGUGGAAUGUGUCCGUGUAAAAUGUCGCCCUUUUGUGGAUGAAGAUGAAAACCAGUGCCUAGCCGACGCGAACGUCACAACACAUUGCAGAAUGGAUGCUUCGAUAAUUACCGUACAGGCACAGUACUCCUUCAAGGGGUCAAACAACGAUGAGCUGUGUUUCAAAAAGGGCGAUAUCAUAACAUUAACACAGCGGGAGGAAGGUGGCUGGUGGGAAGGAACCUUGGGCGACAAGACGGGUUGGUUUCCAAGCAAUUACGUGAAGGAAUAUGUUGGGCCAUUGCCGUUGUCCGAAACCAUACGGCCUCCGGAGGAAAUACAGGCGUUUCGAUCAGUUGUCUUCCGGGAUUUGCUGGAAAGUGAGAAGGCGCAUGUUGCUGAACUGCGGGGCUUAGCUGAAAACUUUCUGGAACCACUGGAGCCCAGUCAGAUACUCUCUUCGAACGAAUACGCGCAGUUAAUGUGCAACUUUCUCGAAGUGGUUGAAAUGCAUGAGGAAUUUUUGCAAACGCUGGAGGACUGCAAUGAUCGUGUCGGGAAAGUGUUCCUAUCGAAAGCACCAACGAUGAAGAAAAUACACCAAUUCUACUGUGCCGCCCAUCCCCGUGCCAUAGUGAUAGUUGAUAAGUUUCGCGAGGAACUAAAUGUGUUCAUGGAAAAACAAGGUGCAGCCAAACCGGGUCUGCUGGUCCUUACCACAGGCCUUUCGAAGCCCUUCCGACGUCUAGACAAGUACGCUGCCAUACUUCAGGAACUCGAAAGACACAUGGAAAGCGGACACCCGGACAGGGGUGAUACCCAGCGCAGUAUUGCCGUGUACAAGGACAUUGCUUCAUCUUGUUCGGCUACCCGGCGGCAGAAGGAGCUAGAGCUGCAGAUACUGACCGGACCGGUACGCGGUUGGCAGGGUGCAGAAUUGAGUUCGCUCGGAGAAAUCAUACACAUGGGAAGUGUAGCGGUUGGUCCGGAACAUAAGGAUCGAUACUUGGUGCUAUUUCCGCAGACGCUACUGAUAUUAAGCGUAAGCCAACGAAUGAGUGCUUUCAAAUAUGAAGGAAAGCUCCCGCUGACGGGAAUAACGGUGAAUCGUUUGGAGGAUACAGAUCAGAUCAAGAAUGCGUUUGAAAUCAGCGGUACACUGAUCGAUCGUAUCGUAGCCGUGUGCCAAGGUCCCAGUGAGGCCAACCGAUGGGUGGAACUGCUUAGUCCCAAGUCUGGCGCGGUCGAACAGAGCGGUACAGGAGCGGUGGACAUGAAGCGGAACGUUAGCAGCUCUGCGGUCAAUAUUCCUCAGCCUCCACCACAUAUGUCACCCCCGUCAACAACCGGAAACAGCCAUCCGUCGCGGAGCGGAACGUCCAGCAUCGUGCAGCACAUGUCGCAACACAAACGCAGCCAAUCGUUCAACCACCAUCUGAGUUACAAUCAAGUUCAGCAGCAACAGCAGCUCCAACAACAGCAACUAAAGCAACAUCAACCGAAUCCAAAUCUGUUAGCUUCCCCGAACUCCCUGAACUUAAACCGUCACGAAGCAAACCAAGCGGCACUAAACCAAAAAGGUUUUUCGGAAAAAGCUAAUUGGAACAUCACAAACCUAAGACCGGCACCUUCCUUGCGUCCAGCAUUUUUGAGCUCGGUUGCCGUCAGCAGUGCUGGUAGCGCUGCCGGAGGCACGGGAGGAGGGCGCAGUGCGACGGCGAGCAUUACUGGAAGUAUUGGGGGUGCGGCGGCUAGCUGCGUUGGUGGUGGCAACAGCGGAGGUGGAAGUGCAAUUUUAAACACUUCCGAUAGCGUGCAUCACAGUUUGUCCUUCAGCUCCAGCUCCAAGGUGUCACCCACUUAUGAGGAGGACGCACUAGUCCUACGCGUCAUUGAAGCAUAUUGUGCCGCUUACCAGAGCACCUCACGCAACACGAUGCACUCAGCACUACUGCCAUGGACACCGUGUUUGCCAAUCCGUGGCGGAAAGUUGAAAACGAGCAAACACUUUUCCUCCUCCAAUCCCCAGCUACCCUUCACUUGCUCCUCAUUGUCAUCCUACCUUCCGAGUGGUGGCGGUAUCAAGAACAGCAGGACACACACAUCAACCAACAGCAUUAACUCGUCACACAUCUGGCGUGAAGCGAGUCCGAAUAGUUUCAAUCUUUACGCCGCCUCCAUCGCGACGCUCAACAUGGCAAACGGUGCGCAACCGUCACAGCAGAAUCAGCAACUGCACCAGCAACAGCAGCAGCACCAACGCGCUCGGUAUUCGAUCGGUGGUUACGGAAGUACCGAGUGGCGCUCUCACUCGGAAGAAUCGGGACGCAAUGUGAACGGUGGGCCGCGUUCCAUAAACACGCUUAAGACUGCAUCACAGCCCACAGCCUAUCACAAUCCGAUCGCACGAUCCGGCUCGAACUACGAUAACAUUUUCAUGAACUCCAACACUAACACACCGCUGCUGUCGCGCGUUUCAAAGCAGCAGACCGUGUGGAUGAAUGCGAAUCAGCUGCCUGCAGGUGCAUCGAGUUUAAACCAUGCGUACUAUCAGCACCAUCAUCAUGCGCCGCAUCAUCAACGGCAUCGCCAUCGGACGACGAGUCGUGAAAUAGACGCGGUCGUCGCUGAUAGAGACACGAGUCCACCACCACCCGCACCGGAAGGGGGCGAAUACAUCGGUGACUAUCUGCCGCUAGGACAUUCGUCCACCGGUGCUAGUGCGUCGCUGUACGAUCGUCGCUUGAAUCGAUCGUUCGAGACAGCGCAAGGGUUGAAGAGAAACUCAAAGCUAUCACAACUCCGUCGUUCAACACCACAGCUAAACGGUGACGAUGAUGGAGAAAACGAUGUCCGCGCGACACGCGGUUCAGCAAUGCAGGAAGAUAACCUACGCGACGAUAUGUCACGCAACUCGGUGUCAUGCUGCAAUAAGCUGUGGAUGUUUUACUGGCAGCAUCAUCGAUAGAGACGUUAGAAACUGUAGUGAUCUAGCAGACCCCAUUAUACCACGUAGCAGUAACAGCUUUGUUUGUUCGUGCCAUAUGUCAACGUGUUGCCGUACGCAACUGAUUUAUACUUAGGCUGUUAUCCUUGUCGCGUAGCGAAGGAUAUAUCGUAAAAUGAGCACACUCAUGUAAGCUGAGCAAAACAGCAUAAAUGACCAACACUAUCCGUCUGUAGAGUAUCAUCGCUGCAAGGACCCACAUACACAUCAAUCAUGCACAGUUUUAUACGCUAUAUAUUUAUAACCAAACCAUGUGGUACAGGGUAAACGAUUUAACAUUUGUAGUGUGAUGUUUAUGUGCGUGUGUGUGUGUGUGUCUGAACUGAUAGGAUCUUUGUUGUUGAUUAGUUGUGUUGCCAUUAUCCUUGAAAGGAUCGUGUUUUUGUGUAUGGGCUUGCUUUAUUAAUCCGCCGGCUUGACAAGGUUUAGCAAGGUUGGAACUGAUGCACUCAUAUACCCCGACUAUUACGUACAUCGAAAUCGGCCUACCUUAUACUUGGCAAAUUUUUUGUUGGUUUUUCAACCCGCCAUUGCGUUGGCCUUUUGGUUCAUUGGCGCUAAUAGUAAAAAAGUAGAGCUACUGAGCAGUCAAACUGCAUAUACUCCGUGUUGCUUGUUGUGGAUAUACAAUGUAGAAUUAGCACUAAGAUAGGGUUCCGGUUUGGAUGUGGUACCCAAUACCACUUAACUAACCUUCGGUUCGAGAAAUUCAUGAUAAUAAAUAAAACAAAUAGCUACACUUAUUAUACAAUUUAGCUAACAAACAGCAUCUUAGAGCAUUGACCGUUAAA